UUCUGCCUUACUUCUCUUUGUGCAGAAAGAAAGAGCAGCAGCAAACAGGACCUGAUUCCCGACCCUUUUGCAAAGGGGAAAUGCUUGUGCGUCAAAGUAAAGGAUUGCUCCGAAAUACAACCAACUCUUGUGCAAGAUGCUAAGAGGACUCUGAAGACAUACAGAAUCCACAUCCCUGAGGCAGGCACCUUUCUGUGCUCUGUCACUGAUCUCAAAUUUGAGGUGAGAGCAGCGGUGACCAUUGAAUACACAUACAGCUCCUGGAGCCAAUACCUCUCUGAAUCUGUGAAGCCGGACUGGGUAGUGGCCGGUCCAGUGUUUGACAUCCAUGCUGAUCCAGCAGAAGUUGCAGCUGUUCACCUCCCUCAUUUUAUAUGCCUCCAAGGUGGCAAUAUUGAUGCCUUACAGAUGGAAAUAGCCCAUAUUGUUAAUGGAGUGAUAACACUGGAGAAGCCAUCUCAAAUCAGCCCAUUUCAUGUGGUGUGGAAGAAUCCUACUUUCUCUUCGGUGACUGUGCUGAUUAAUUCUAUCUACGAUAAGUUUUUCGCCAUCCAUUCUGUGGUGCAGCUUUACAAGAUACGCAAGAAGACCACAACUCUCCAUCUCUACCUCAUUCCCAAUGAUGGGUCUUUGAUAGAGGUAAGUGAGAAGUUGCAAGGGUUGAUGAGGAAAGGCUAGGAAGGGUCAUCCAUUGCCAAGAAACAGUGGGAAGACGAUAGGAAUAGGGACGAGGGCUUGAC